CGAGUUCAGCUGCUGCCAGUCAUACUCCUCGAAGUUAGUCGGUGAGGACGUACGAAGCGUCGCGUUUCCACAGGCUGCUUGGACGGUGCUGCCACAUCUGAGGAGUUCUGUGUGUGGAGUGGCAACUGUUAAGGUGGUGGCUCCAGGAGUGAGGUGAGCAGACCAAGGCAUGGAUGGAGGAAAGCAGCAUGAGAAACCUGAACAUCCCCGUGCCUCAGCCAAUGUCUUCUCGGCUCUCACAUUUUGGUGGAUUCUCAGCAUCUUCUGGAAGGGCUACAAACGUGACUUAGAGACUACAGACAUCUCUGCACCUCUACAGGAACACAAAUCAGACUAUCUUGGAGAUAAAUUUGAAAAAUUUUGGAAUGAGGAAGUAAAACUUGCUGCACAACGGAAGAGGAAGGCCAGUCUAUUACGUGUUAUUGCACGAUGCUUUGGUCCCAAGAUCAUGGUGUAUGGAUUCUUUCUUUUUACAAUGGAGGUUUUGUUAAGGCUCUCUCAGCCCUUGUUACUCGGUCGGCUGGUUCGGCACUUCAGUGCAGCAGAGUCAGAUGCUUCCAUCACAAUAGAAGAAGCAUACAUUUAUGCAGCUGGCGUCGUGUUAUGUUCGGCUCUCAAUGUUAUUGUAAUCCAUCCGUACAUGAUGGCGAUUUUCCACAUGGGCAUGAAGAUCCGUGUUGCAUGCUGCUCACUCAUUUAUCGCAAGGCACUGCGGCUGAGCAUGACAGCUUUAGGAGAGACUACCGCUGGUCAAGUGGUGAACCUGAUGUCAAAUGAUGUGAAUCGGUUUGAUGUGGCAGUUGUAUUCCUUCAUUACUUGUGGAUUGGCCCCAUUGAAACUUUUGUUGUGACUUACUUCAUGUGGAAUGAGGUUGGACCUUCUGCUGCUAUAGGUGUUGCCUCUUUGCUCCUCUUCAUUCCUCUCCAAGGUUUCCUUGGAAAGAAAACAUCUGAGUAUCGCCUGAAAACUGCAAUUCGAACAGAUGAACGUGUGCGGCUGAUGAACGAGAUCAUCUCAGGAAUACAAGUCAUCAAGAUGUACACAUGGGAGAUACCAUUUGCCAAACUUGUCAACAGUACUCGCAAGAAUGAGGUUCGUGCAAUAAGAGCAACAUCUUAUAUUAGGGGCAUAGCUCUGUCAUUCAUUAUAUUCACUACUCGAAUUUCAAUAUUCAUCACCAUCCUGUCUUAUGUGUUGUUUGGAUAUCAGAUCAGAGCUGACAAGGUUUUUGUUUUGGUCUCAUAUUACCAGAUUCUCAGACAAACUAUGACAGUGUUUUUCCCACAAGGAAUCGCUCAAAUAGCUGAAGCACAAGUGUCCAUCAACAGGCUACAGAAGUUCAUGCUGUAUGAAGAGAGAGACUCAGAGGUAGUGGAACAUGAACCAGCAGCUAAUAAUGGGCUUCAACAUGAUGGAGUCAAUGAUGUUGGAAAGGAGGAAAGAAUAACAUUAGGCAUUAGAAUAACUAAUGCAACUGCUCAGUGGACGCCAGUGUCGCAUGAGAAGACACUGAACAAAGUAACGGUGGAUAUCAAGCCUGGAAUGCUGGUAGCUGUCAUUGGGCCCGUUGGUGCUGGGAAGACUUCCUUGCUGCAGGCAAUUCUGAGAGAACUACCUCUGAUUGAAGGAACAAUUGAAGUUGGUGGCACCCUAUCCUACGCAUCACAGGAACCGUGGAUGUUUGCUGGAUCUUUGCGUCAGAACAUUCUGUUUGGCCAGCCUUUUGUACGAGAACGCUAUACUCACGUAGUACAUGUCUGUGCAUUGAAGCGUGAUUUCAUGCUACUGCCUUACGCUGACAAGACAAUAGUGGGAGAGCGAGGUGUUUCCCUCAGUGGGGGACAGAGGGCUCGUGCCAAUCUUGCCAGGGCUAUAUACAAGGAUGCUGAUGUGUAUCUGCUUGAUGACCCUCUGUCUGCAGUGGACCCUCAUGUAGGCAAGCAUCUGUUUGAGGACUGCAUUGCUGGUUUUCUCAAAGGCAAGACGGUGAUCCUAGCUACGCAUCAGCUCCACCAUCUGAAGCAAGCUGACCUCAUUCUUGUACUUGAUAAUGGCUCAGUAGCUGCUCAGGGGACAUAUAGUGAGCUGAAGGCCACAGGCCUCGACUUUGUAAAACUUCUGAACGAUGAUUUGGAAGAAGAAACUCUUGAAGAGCAAAAGAUAUUUCGGCAAACAUCUAUUUCAAGUGUGAACUCUGUGGAAGUGACAGAACCAAAGGAGGUGGCGGAGAUGCGAACGGUUGGAUCUGUAACCUCCAAGGUGUAUGGCACAUAUCUACGUUCAGGUGGCAAUUGGUGCAUCAUCUUAACUACUGUGUUACUGUUUAUCUUGACACAGGCCCUGGCUAGUGGCUGUGAUUACUGGAUCACCUACUGGACAAACAUUGAGGAAAUGCAGUUUGGGCUGCGAGACUGGGAUAAUGUUAAUGGUUCACUUGCAAAUGGCUACAGUGUAAAUGAGUCCUUAACAAAUGACACUUCAGUGGAGAACACCUUGCCAGAUACACUGAGUAGAGAGAUGUGCAUUUAUAUUUAUACUGCCGUGACUGUGGGCACCAUUUUGGUAACACUGAUGCGAUCCAUCACAUUCUUCAGUGUUUGUAUGCGUGCAUCCAUACAUCUCCAUGAUUCAAUGUUUCGUAGCAUUACUCGUGCCACCAUGUACUUCUUCAACACAAAUCCCUCUGGUCGAAUACUGAACAGAUUUUCAAAGGACAUGGGUGCUAUAGAUGAGCUGUUGCCAUCUGCAAUGAUAGACUGCUUGCAGAUUGGGUUGGCAAUUCUUGGUAUCAUCGUCGUGGUGGCCAUUGUGAAUGUCUGGCUGCUUAUUCCCACAUUCUUUGUGGGUGUUACUUUCUACCUGCUCCGCAUUGUCUAUUUAUCCACAUCCCGCAGUGUUAAACGGCUUGAGGGACUCACCCGAAGUCCCGUGUUUCAGCAUCUCAAUGCCUCUCUUCAGGGUCUGACAACCAUUAGAGCAUUUAAAGCACAAGCUGUACUCGAGAAGGAGUUUGAUAAUCAUCAGGACUUGCAUUCUGGGGCAUGGUACCUAUUCAUUGCAUCCAGUCGAGCAUUUGGUUUCUGGUUGGACAUGGUGUGUCUGAUAUAUAUAACACUUGUCACCAUUAGCUUCUUUGUGAUUGGAGGAGAAAACACUGGAGGCAAUGUAGGUCUGGCUAUAACGCAGGCCAUUGGUCUCACUGGGAUGCUGCAGUGGGGCAUGCGUCAGUCGACAGAAUUAGAGAAUCAGAUGACAUCAGUGGAGAGGGUUAUGGAGUUUACUCAUGUUGAGCAGGAACCUCCUCUGACUUCACCUCAAGACAAGAAGCCACCAAAAUCAUGGCCAUCAGAAGGAGUAAUCAAGUUUGACAGAUUAUAUCUAAGGUACUCACCAGCAGAAGAACCUGUCCUGAAGAACCUCAACUUCACAAUACAGGCAAAACAAAAGGUAGGCAUUGUGGGCCGAACAGGUGCAGGGAAGUCAUCACUAAUUGCAGCUCUGUUCCGAUUAGCACCUCUUGAAGGAUCUAUCUACAUUGAUGGCAUUGAUACGCUCACUGUUGGUCUUCAUGAACUACGAAAUAAGCUGUCCAUCAUACCACAGGAGCCUGUUCUUUUCUCAGGAACAUUGCGCAAGAACCUGGAUCCAUUUGAUGAAUACUCAGAUUCUAUCCUGUGGAGGGCUUUGGAAGAGGUGGAAUUGAAAGAUGUUGUAAAUGAUCUGUCUGCCGGGCUGAACUCAAAAGUUAUGGAAGGAGGUAGCAAUUUCAGCGUAGGGCAGCGCCAGUUGGUAUGCCUUGCUCGGGCCAUCAUACGUAAUAACACCAUCUUGGUACUUGAUGAAGCAACUGCCAAUGUUGAUCCUCAGACUGAUACUCUGAUACAACAGACCAUACGAAAGAAAUUUGUCAACUGCACAGUGUUGACAAUAGCUCAUCGACUUAACACUGUGAUGGACAGUGAUAGAGUCCUUGUCAUGGAUGCUGGGACCAUGGUGGAAUUUGAUCACCCACAUGUGUUACUUCUGAACAAGAAUGGCUUUCUGUUCAACAUGGUUCAGCAGACAGGAAAAGGAAUGAUAGAGACUCUCACUAAAAAGGCAAAGAUGAGCUAUGAUGAUACUGAAUCCAAGCAGUCUUGAAGGUACACUUACAGAAGGAAUGUCAAUGCUGAGAAGAAAUGCAGAAUUUAAAAAUUAUAGCAUCCUGUACUUUACAUUCCAUUUUAUUGCCCACUCUUCUUUUCUCGUGCAUACUGCUACCACAGUUGAUAUUUCUCCAAGCCAACUUUUAAGUUAGUAUAUUUUAUUUAUAUUUCCUAGUCAGUUACUUGUUAGUUACUACAGUUUUUUAUCUGAAUCAUUUCUUGAUAGAAUAACUUUGAAGGUUCUCUUAUUGUGAAGGAACAAAAAGUAUUACAGCAAAGUGGAAUAAAAAAUUAAGGAAGAUGAAAGGAAGUGAGGCUGUGCAGCUUCCUGCUUUAUGAAGCAGGUUUCAUGAGAUAUCUUAUGAACAAGGUUCAUUAUGUCAAUAUUCAUGUGAUCUCAGGGCGAACAGUAUUUUGUUAUCAACUUAGAAGCAAGGCUGCCACUUUAGUUAAUAUUUAGUUACAACUGCAAUUUUUUAUUGUAUACAGUUCAUACUAUGUAACAACAUACUGUGGAACUGUGAUGAACUCUUGAUAAUAUUUGUUGCACAACAAAGAAUGUAAUUUUGUAAGUGUUUAAAUACUUUUUAUAACAGAGUUAACAAGUCUGUAUUAUUAUAUUUAUACAUAGUCUGAAUAAAGGACAGCCCUUCCCUUAGUUACAUUCCAA